UCCGCCCCGCUCUCCGCCUCACGCGCUCUGCUCUCCCCGCAGGACAAGGAGAAGAAGAAGAAGGAGAGCAUCUUGGACCUGUCCAAGUACAUCGACAAGACCAUCCGCGUGAAGUUCCAAGGGGGCCGCGAAGCCAGUGGAAUCCUGAAAGGCUUCGACCCGCUCCUCAACCUCGUGCUGGACGGCACCAUCGAGUACAUGAGAGACCCUGAUGAUCAGUACAAACUGACGGAGGACACGAGGCAGCUGGGCCUGGUGGUGUGCCGGGGCACGUCCGUGGUGCUCAUCUGUCCGCAGGACGGCAUGGAGGCCAUCCCCAACCCCUUUAUCCAGCAGCAAGACACCUAG